UUUCAGAGGAUACCAAAUCCUAAAAGGCGCUGGUGCAGUGCAAUCCUAUGUACGUUUAAUGGGGAGGACCCCCCCUUUACUAGCUCCCAAACGAAAACCAGCCUUUUCCCCUGGUCUCUGGGUUUGCUGCCCAUCUACUUUGGAAGUCUAGGAUUUUGUUAUAUCCUGGUAUUCAGUUGUAUGCUAUUUCUGCAAUGGAGAAAAGGAAUCCAGCAGAAGCAACGUGCAAAAGCCUGGGUGAAACAGAUGAAAACAGAAUCAUAUUUCCAGCGUGCAUUGGCUCACAAGGCUGAGAAGGAAGCCCAGCCUGAAACUAAACCAGAAGUCUGCAGUUCUGAGAGCAUCCAAAAGCUACAAGGUAGCUUCUUGUCCAGUGAGAUUGCUAUCGCCAGCAGUGCUAAUUCCUUUCCUUCAGAUCGAGAUCCGUACAAACCAGUAUUUCAGGAAAUACCUUGUGCUUGUGCUCUGUCUCACUUGCCACCACUGCUUGAGCAUUCAGCUUCUUACCCAUGCUCUAGCAUCCCAGCCAAAUGUACACCAUUCAACUCACUUCUGAAACCUGCCAUGUUGAAAAAUGAAGCAUACAAUAUUGGUAGCAACAUCUCUGUUUAGCAGCAAAUUUAAUGGAUAGGGCAAAUCUCAGUCAUUUUAAUUGGACCCCAAUUAAAGACCAGUUUCAGAACAAUUUCAAAAUUCACUCUUUUUCUUUUGCCAAGAGGAGGUCAUAAAGGCUCUACAACAAGUAUCACACCCUGUAGAAAUUAAAACUGAAUUCUCAUUUUUAAUUAAUUGGGAUGCACAUGCAUUCUCCAGGACUUCUAAAGCAUUCUAAUUGGCAAAAGGUCUAGAUACCAUAUGCCCAGCAGCUGACAGCAUGAUGGGGCUUGUGCUGCUUUCCUGACCUCCAUCUGGCUGAGUUGCUGCAGCAUAGCAGGAUGAAAAGAGGCAGGGUCUCGACAGCACAAAUACGCUAGCACAGCCAAUCCAGUAUUCCUCCAGUACAUUUGCACCAUGCCAACCUUGCUGCCAACGCAGCAAGUGACUCUCCCCCUCUCCACCCAAUGUGCUUCAGUGACUCAGCUGGUUGGAGGUCAGGUGAGCAGUGCAGCACCACCAUGCCAUCUGUUGUUGCAUACAUCUGUAAUCUGGAACAGCCCCCCCCCCAAACUGCAGUCCAUGGUGAUGCAGUUGGUCUCUUGCCUGCAUGUGGAUUUAUUAAUUGGGGAAUUCAUAUUGUAAUACAAUAUGUAAGCAAUAAAAUUAAAAAUCAUACAGUAUCUAGUAGAGCACAUUACAAUUGCUGCAACAGACAGAAAAACCAUUAAGUGGUCUGCCAAGACCCUCAGCAAUUUUCAAGUGGUCUGAAGGGGGUGGGGAGUUUGAGAACCACUGGUCUAAAUAUUACAGCAGCCUUCACCAACCUGGUGUCCUCCAGAUGAAGUUAGACUACAGCUCCCAUCAACCCCAGCCAGCAUAACUGACUCAGGCUGAUGUAAGUUGUAGUCCAGCUUCAUCUGGAGGAUACCAGGUUGAUGAAGGCUGUAUUAUAGAAUACUGAAGUAUCAGCGUUUCAGUAUCUAAUCCUCCUGGUUGCAAAGUUAAACUUGACUGUUAUGGGAGUAAUGACACCUAAAAGCUGAGCCAAGAAAGCAGCUUUACAGGUUUUUAAGUUAUAAGUAGAACCUAUGUUGUCCUAAAUAUCUUUUAAGGCUAUAUGGCACUCCAUUAGUAUUUUGUCCUCAUCUCUUUACCUCCACCGUUAAU